AGAGAACUGAUGGAUCUGAUUCUGAAGGAAAACGGACAUUAUACACGCACAUGGGUUGGAGGGAUUCGAUUUUUGGAUACCAACAGCUUUGUCUGGUUGGAUGGAUCCCACUGGAGCUAUGAUGACUGGCUGUCAGGGGAGCCAAAUAGCACGUCAGGUGUGGAGGACUGUCUGGAAGUGCUAUCUUUAGGAAAUGGAAAGUUUAAUGACUUCACAUGCUGGGAACCUCAACCUUUCAUCUGCUCCUACGCUUAUUAGUGAAUAAACA